CUGGGACUUGCAGGGCUCGGACGUGGGCGCGGCUGACGGGGCUGGGAUUCGUGGCUCCUGCUCCCGGCUCGGCCCAGGAGGUGGUGACCCCCGCCCCCUUCCUCCUCCUCCCCGGAGCAAGUCCACUGCGAGGGUCAAGCAGCAUGCUUGGGGGAGCGCUCCUCGGUCUCCUCCUCCUGCUGGGCUGGGGGGCUUCCCUGCCCCGAUCCCAGCUCUUCUCCUUUGGGGGGCCGCGGGGGGACCGGGAGCUGCCCGACGGGGACGACGAGACCUCGGCGCCGGUGCCCCUGCCCUCCCCGCUCCGCUUCUACGAGGCCCGCUUCAGCCAGCUCUACGUUGGGACCAAUGGGAUCAUUUCCACCCAGGACUUCCCCAGAGAGACCCAGUAUGUGGAUGAUGAUUUCCCCACGGACUUCCCUGCUGUUGCUCCCUUCCUAUCGGACAUCGACACCAGCGGCGGGAGGGGCAAAAUCUAUUACCGCCUGGACGAUUCCAGAGAGGUGAUGGAACGAACUGCCCAGCUAAUCCAGGCUGGCUUUCCCAGUGCUGCCAGUUUUGCCCCACAUCACACCUUCAUCGCUACCUGGGAGAAUGUGGGAGCCUAUGAAGAGGUCGCCCAAAACUCAGAGCCCUCCAAGCAGCGUAACACCUUCCAGGCCGUCUUGGCCUACAGCCCUUCGGAUGCCUACGUCCUCUUCCUUUACCCUGAUGAUGGGAUCCAGUUCUUUGGAACGCGCCCGAAGGAAUCGUACAAUGUCCACUUGGAACUCCCGGCCCGCGUCGGCUUCAGCCGAGGGGACUAUCAGCGGCAGGAAGGCCCAUACCACAGUGUAACCAGCAGCGAGCAGUCCGUCAAAAACCUCUACCAGAUGAGCAAUAUGGGGAUCCCUGGCAUGUGGGGCUUCCAUAUUGGCAGUGCCUCCCCAGUGGAUAAUGUGAUCCCAGGCAUGGUUGGAAGGAUGCCUCCCGCUUCCCCAAGAACCCCGGAGAGCAGCUCUGUCGAUCAUCACAUUCUGGAGGGCGAAUACCCGGAGUCAAACCUUGAUUAUGCCGAUUCCUUCUAUGACGGGAAUGAAGAUGAUUUUGAGUACUUGCCUGUUAUGACCACUGAGCUGCCGUUCGACUUGGAAACGAGACCCAGCACGCCGUUAAACCCUGUCGGCCAGCUCGACUACAGCGAGCCAAGGCACUCUGGUGCUAGGGUGGAUUCAGAACUGGAGUCUACGUUGCUCUACCCGGCAUCUAGCCAUCUCCCUCCUUACCCUGAACUGGAUUCCAUCCCUCUGCACCCAGUGGAGGAAGUUCUGGCCUCAGCACCUUCUGUAUCAGAAGAAAAUGCUAGAACCCCGUCCUUGCCGUUAGUUUACGAGAGUCCGAUUGAAGCGGUCACUGCCAUCCUGCUGAGGUGUCCUGGCAGCGAGGAUGCCCUGUGCCCCCGGGAAGAAGAUAGGGGUACUCCUUCAGAAACGGAAGUUUUUCCUGUCUUCCCAGAGGGUGAAGUUAUCCUUGAAGGCUUCCUGGACAACACCCCUCCUUUCAGCCCUAGGAGACGGGUUGUAGGAGUCGACGAGGACAUUAGUUUCAACCCAGACGUGUUCACGUACAGCACUUCCAAUGUGGAAACCUGUGAGGAUCACCACAGCCAGUGCUCCCUGCACGCCUUCUGCACGGAUUACAGCACCGGGUUCUGCUGCCACUGCCAGUCCAAGUUCUACGGGAACGGCAGGCACUGCUUACCAGAAGGUGCUGCACAUCGACUCAACGGCAAAGUGAGUGGGGAUCUGCUGGUGGGGGCAACACCGUUGCACUUCAGCGAGGUCGACCUGCAUGCUUACAUUGUCGGCAAUGACGGGCGGGCCUACACUGCCAUCAGCGCCAUACCUCAGCCGGCAGCCAGGGCGCUGAUGCCGUUGGCUCCCAUUGGGGGCCUCUUUGGCUGGCUUUUCGCCCUGGAGAAACCCGGCUACGAAAAUGGCUUCAGUAUCGUUGGUGCUAAAUUCACUCACAGUUUUGAAGCCACUUUCUAUCCAGGAGAGGAAAAGGUUUUUGUCAAGCAAACAGCUGAUGGGCUGGAUGCAGAAAAUUACCUCAGCAUUCGGACUGAAAUUCAAGGGCGGGUGCCCUACAUUCCUGAGAAUUUUAGCGUCCACAUUGCACCUUACAGGGAGAUCUACCACUACUCGGAUUCAGUUGUGGCGUCCACUUCCUAUAGGGAAUAUUCCCUUGCUUCUGGAAGCAUCAACCAAGCCUUCUCCUAUCAGCUGCGCCAGAAUAUAACCUAUCAAGAGUGCCCGCAUGCUCGCCACCGCAGGCUGUUUCCUGCCACUCAGCAGCUGACGGUGGACCGGAUCUUUGCUUUGCAUAACGAGGAGGAGAAGGUGCUUCGCUACGCCGUCACCAACCAGAUUGGACCGCUAGGAGAUGAUUCCGGGGCAAUCACAGUGAACCCCUGCUAUGACAGCACCCACACGUGCGACACGACAGCACGAUGCCAGCCGGGCUCUGGUCUGGAUUACAGCUGCGAGUGCUCUGCCGGUUACCAGGGCGAUGGCAAGGAAUGCGUGGAUGUCAACGAAUGUGGCGAGGGCCUGAACAGAUGCAGCCAGGAGUCAGUCUGCGUCAACACUCCAGGCAGCUACAGGUGCGAGUGUCCCAGCGGAUACCAGCUGGCAGAUGACCGGACCACUUGUGUAGUCAUUGCCAUGCCAUCGAACCCCUGUGCCGAUGGGACUCACACCUGUGCUUCACCGGAUCGGGCACAAUGCGAGUACGACGGAGGCAGUUCGUUCAGCUGUGCGUGCCUCACUGGCUACGCAGGCAAUGGGCACAACUGCACAGACGUGGACGAAUGCGCGGAAGGGAGGUGCCACCAUGCCGCCGAUUGCUAUAAUUCUCCUGGCUCCUUCUCUUGCCGGUGUCGGGCUGGCUACGAAGGGGACGGUUUCCAGUGCUCUCCAGGGAGCGUGCAGAGACUGACCCGCUGUGAACACGAACGGCUCUAUGCCAGCCAGAGAGGCCCUUCCGUUCCCGGAGGCCCCCACAUACCCGAGUGUGAUGACCAAGGGAAUUACAAACCACUGCAGUGCCACGGCAGCACCGGGGAGUGCUGGUGCGUUGAUGGGGACGGCAAGGAGAUUUCCAGCAGCCGGACGCUGCCAGGUGCUUCCUUGCCACGGUGCAGGGCUGCAGAGCCAACCCAGAGGCCGCAGACCAUGUGCGAACGCUGGAGACAGAGCCUUCUGGAGCACUACGGUGGCAGUCCACGGGAUGACCAGUAUGUGCCCCAGUGUGACCCUCUGGGCAACUUUAACCCGCUCCAGUGCCACGGAAACAGCGGCUACUGCUGGUGCGUGGACGAACACGGCCGCGAGGUUCAAGGCACGAGAUCGGAGCCCGGAACCCCCCCUGCAUGCCUGCCCAGCAUCGCCCCUCCAACUGUCCGUCCCACCCCACGCCCCGACGUCAGUCCGCCCUCAGCCGGGACGUUCCUGCUCUACGCUCAGGGCCAGCAAAUUGGCUACUUGCCUCUGAACGGCACAAGCCUGAAGAAGGAGGCAGCAAAGACCCUGCUCUCUCUGCAUGGUUCCAUUGUGGUGGGGAUAGACUACGACUGCAGGGACAAAAUGCUGUACUGGACGGAUGUUGCAGGGAGGACCAUCAGCCGGGCAAGUCUAGAGCAGGGGGCGGAGCCAGAGACAAUUAUCCACUCUGGGCUGAUCAGUCCAGAAGGCCUUGCGAUUGACCACCUCCGAAGAACCAUGUUUUGGACAGACAGUGGCUUGGACAGAAUCGAGAGUGCACGGCUGGAUGGCACAGAACGGCGAGUCCUCUUUGCCACUGACCUUGUCAACCCUCGUGCAAUUGCGGUGGAUCCCAUUCAUGGGACUCUGUACUGGACGGACUGGAAUCGUGAAGCUCCCAAAAUUGAGACAUCCACAGUGACUGGAGAGCACAGGCGGAUUUUGGUCAACCAGGAUAUUGGGCUGCCAAAUGGUUUAACGUUCGACCCCUUUUCCAAAGUGAUCUGUUGGGCAGAUGCAGGAACCAAGAACCUGGAGUGUGCGUUACCCAACGGAACGGGGAGGCGCGUCAUUCAGAAUAACCUCAAUUAUCCCUUCAGCAUUGUGAGCUACGCCAAUCACUUCUACCACACAGACUGGAGAAGGGAUGGUGUUAUAGCUGUGAACAAAGACAGCGGUGCUUUUACAGGUGAAUAUCUUCCAGAACAGCGGACACAUCUCUACGGAAUAACAGCAGUUCACCCGUACUGCCCAGGAGGAAGAAAAUAAGCAGGGGGGGGGAUUCUGCUGUCACAGCCGGAAAGCGACUGCUGCCCACUGAAAAAUAUUACUGUACAUUGUGCAAAAGACCCCUCCAGCUACAUGAGGAUAACCAGCUAUAUGUACUGAAGGGAAUUAAGUGGUUUAACUUACAGCAAAAUUAUCCAGUAUUUUUAAGUUAUACCUCAAAUCUUUUACUACUGUAUUCCCCCCCCUUUUUUUUUU